AUGGAGAAAUACAACAAGCAGAAAGUCAUCGGUUCGGGUGCAUUUGGUCAAGCAUGGCUUGUUCAAUCGAAAACCGAUGGAAAGAAAUUCGUGAUGAAAGAAAUCAAGAUAGCUAAAAUGGGCAAAAAAGAACGUGAUGAUUCGCGGAAAGAAGUUAAAGUUCUUAGUGAAAUGAAACAUCCGUAUAUUGUUUCGUAUAUCGAAUCAUUCGAAGAUGCUUCAAGUUUAUUUAUUAUUAUGGACUUUUGUGAUGGUGGAGAUCUGCAUUCCCGUAUUCAGGCACAACGUGGAGUUUAUUUCCCGGAAGAACAGAUACUUGAUUGGUUUAUACAAAUAACUUUAGCACUUAAACAUGUCCAUGAUCGGAAAGUACUUCACCGAGACAUCAAAUCACAAAAUGUUUUCCUGACAAGUAGUGGCUCGGCGAAGUUAGGCGACUUCGGUAUUGCAAAAGUUUUAAAUACAACAUGCGAAUUUGCUCGUACGCAAAUCGGCACACCAUAUUAUUUAUCACCUGAAAUAUGUCAACAGCGACCUUAUAACAACAAGUCAGAUGUUUGGAGUCUGGGUUGUGUUCUAUAUGAAUUAACGACUCUUAAACAUGCAUUUGAUGCGAACAAUAUGAAUGGCUUAAUGAUGAAAAUUAUUCGAGGAUCUUUUAAUCCAGUACCACUGAAAUUCAGUGCGGAUUUGCGAACUCUAAUCGCGCUGACGCUUCGUCGAGAGCCAAGAGAGCGCCCUUCAAUUAACGCAAUUCUCAAGAAACCAUUCAUCAGCCGUCGUAUCUCGAAACAUUUACCUGACGAGGUGCAUCAAGCUGAGUUUGAUCAUACUGUUCUGCAUGGUCAACGCUUAUCAUUCGAUGGUGCACAUGCGAAUCCAGUAGCGAUAGGUCGCCCGGCAGUAACUCCAAAGCCAAACGUAAUUCCUCCUCCACCAGCGUCUUCACGUCCAAGUUCGGCAGCAUCGAGAGCACCAGCACAUGAGCCACUGAAAGUCUACCCGCGUCCAUCUUCGGCCACGCCAGGCAGUGCGGCUCGCGCAUCACAAGAGAAGAAAGUCAUUGAAAAGAAUCCAAAGCCAGCCAUAGCCGUUGACAAAGAAAGUGAAAUCGAGAAAAGACGUCGUGAAUUGGCCAAACUAAAGGAGCAGCGUGAAAAACAGUUAAAAGAAGAAGCAGAUAUUUUAGUAAAAAAACAACAAAAAGCAAAUAUCCAACGAGAUCGAGAUCGCAAUCGCUUUUUGUACAACAACAGCGAUUCAGAGCCAACGGACGUGAAUAAACAGCGAGCUACACCACCAGUCAUUGGACAACCAAAAGUAAACCCAGUUUCCGUUCCUUCAUCUGCCAGAUCAUCGGCUACACCAUCGCCGGUUCCAAGUGUACCUAAAGCAGGUAAUUAUGAACAAUAUCAUGAUUUAUUGGAUGGACACAAACAAAAAAUGGCUGAGGGAGAAAGAAAUCUGGAUGAAUGGAAUAAGAUUAAUCAACCGCAAAAACCGAAUCCCCAAGUGCAGGUAUAUCAAACACCCGUUCGUGCUAGUCAUAAUCUACGUCCAACGCCCGGUGCCAACGUUGGUCGACCAUCAAGCGCGAAGAAUGACUAUUUAGAAAAUAAACAACAAGCUCAAAUGAAUAAAGCGCGUGGCCAAGGUGAUUAUGCCGGGGGAGCGGCUGUUGCUCUCAGUCCAAUUGGUCAAUUGGCUGCCAUAAACCGAAAUCUUGAUGAGAUUCGACGGAGAAAUCUUGCCGGUAAACGUGAUGUUAAUCAUAAACCACCAAUGGCGUACAGAAAGCCAUUGGUUAGCAAACCACCUGUCAUCAAUCAAGCUGAUGAACGGUAUCGUUCAGCUUAUGAUCAUGAUAUUAUCAUCGCACAAAAAGAAAAAGAAAAGCAAGCGGAAGAAGCAUUGAAACAAAUUGAACCAGGAAACAACAAUCUAACCGAAUUAUUAAACAAUAUUGGUGUUCGACCUUCCAGUGCAAAUCAAGUACGAAAGCAUACUAUUCUACAAGACAUAAAUCGCCGAAGCGUCCAAGAGAAUUGGCAAGAGAAAGGUGGUCCACCUAAAGGUCGUCCGCAAUGGAACCAACAGGCACGUCUUGAUUCAGCCGUUCUAAGCCGUCAAUCGGUCAUGAAUGAUUCCUGUGCACCUGAUCUAAGCAUUCAAGGUCAAGCAAUGAAUUUAGCGAAUCCAAAUCCGUCAAAUCGACCACAAUGGGGCGCAGCUCCACGAGAUACAUUGAUCAAUGCCCUCGAACAUGCCAAUGCACAUGAAAGCACAAUUGCCAGCACUGUACAGAAGGAUGCAUUCGAUUUUAAUCUACAACCAUUACCUAAUCGAUUGAGUUCCAGCCAGAAGAAUGAAACCUAUGUGAUAAGUAGUCCGAAGACCAGCACUGGUGCCGCUGAGACAACAAAAGAUUCGAUGGAAAGUCAUACAAUCGGCAAAGACUUAGAUAAAACUUUGACAACUCAAUCAAAAGAACCUUCGAAGAAAGAUGAACUUGCUGAACUUUUGACGACUGGACGUCUCGAUGCUAAAAACAAACGCCUUCUUCGAACCGUUUCCAAUCCGGAAUUACACAAAAUCGAUGAAGUACCUGAAGAGUCUACAUUGAAGUCAACGAAGCUGAAUCGAAGUUUGACCAGUAUCACUGAUUCCUUGGACGAUCCACCGUUAUUCUCCAGUACAAAAAAAGAAGCUACUCCAAGUAGUAGCAGUGAUUCUAGUGCAAAUGAAGAUAAAUCCAUGUCUGAUGAUGGUGAUGAAGAUGACGACUUUCAUUCGUUAUCAUUGGCUUACCAAAGCUUGUUAAUCGAAGAUGAUGAAGAGGAAAAUGAGAAGGAAAUGAAACAUGCAGCAAGUGAACCUAUCUUAAAAGCGGAUAAGAAAGGUAAACGAAUUCCUUCUGAAGUCAAUGCAGACGAUGACAAUGAUGAUGAUGAUGAGAUAUGGUGUAAUCAAGAAGAUGAAGACAAUCUUAAACAUCGUCUUGAACUAGAUCAAGAAAAAGAAGAACAACUACGACAAAUUCUCGGUAAUGAAACAUUCGAGAUCGUCCGUGAAGCAUUGAAAAAAGACGAGUGUGAAUUGCCGGAUGUAUCCAGUCUCAUACCUGAAGCAAAACGUGGUCUAUUCGACAGCGCUGCUCUAUUUACUUUGAUAACAAUGAAUGCAAGGUUAGCGAAAAAGUAA